UCGACUCGCGAGGGAAGCCGCGACUUCUCCUCGGCUGGCAAUUUUCCUGACGCGUCCACACGGCUCGCGCGCGUCCUGAUCCCCCCCUUACCUCCCCGUUUUUCUUUUUGCAAGCGGGUACGCAUGUAUUCGUGGCGUCUCCCGUCCCUCCACUCCUUUUCGUGCGCUCCAUUCGCAAGAGAACGGCACUCUCGGCUCGUUCGCUCGACAGAGAGAGAGAGAGAAAGAGAGAGAAGUCGCCGCCCGUCCGUUUCUCGGGUUUAUAAGCGAAACACACACGGACGCAUAAGGCACGAAGUUUUGUCGGAGCUCCGAGUAAAAUUUUUAUAGAAUCGCUCGUCGUGAAGUGAGUGAAAUUCCGAGGGUUGCUUCGUCGUAAAGGACAAAGAGAAGAGGAAGGGUAACGAAAAAGAGAGAGAGAGAGAGAGAGAAAAGAGAGUCGACGACGUGCUCCGAGGUGUCGUUGACGUUUCGUGUGUCAGUGUCCUCUCUGGUCUCUCUCGCGCUCACACCCGCCGCAUUGUCUUCCGUCCUCGUCGCUCUCGUUCCGGCCUUCGUGGAGUGCCCGUGAGAGUACACGCGCUCUGAAAGGGGGCGCUCACAAGGGAGCCCAAAGUACCUUUCAAGAGAGUGACACCGUGUAUCUCGGAACACGCGAGACACUUCUUUCCGAAGACGUUUUAUUUGUGGCGAUUAUAUCGCGGUGAGAGAUGCCGGAUGACAGGUUAGGCCAGGAGUGGCUAUCACGUCGGGAUUCCCUCGGGAUUGAUCCCGUCCGGGGGACGGAGCUUGGCGCAUAAUGACGAGCGUCAUCGGCGUGUCGUAUUGCUGCCGCUGUUGCCGCCGGAAGCGAAGCCGCGAAGAGAAGCGACGUCGUGCGCAGCAGCCCGGCGACGAAGACGACGAGUUCGAGUCCUCUAGCUCUAGCGGGAGGCUAUGAGCGCUGACAAUGGGGACGAAUCCUUGAUUUCAACGGCAGCUGUCGAAGACUCGCCUCAGCGUGUCUGAUGCGAUGAUACGCUCCUGUAUCUCGGCCGAGCAAUCGUACGCAAACAUCGUCAUCAAACAUCGACACUGAGGCGUGAUGACGCGACGUCGGCAGACGAUUUAGUUCACCGGCGACGGGGACCCGCGUAAGCUCGUCAUACCGCACCUCAGUUCCCUCGCGGAAAGAAAGGAAUAUCGUUCUUUUUGCAAGAAGGAUACUAAGACGCGAAUACAGAAAAAGAAAAAAACAGAAAGAACAGAAGGACGAAGAGGAAACUACUCUUUUUUAGUGAAGAAAGAGACAUCGAGAGGAACAUCGAAAGGGGUGAAGAGGGUAAAGAGGGGACGCAAGAGGGCAAAACACGUGGAUGCUGUGGCCGGUGUUGGGGGGUGAUGAUGGGCUAAGCCCCAUAACGUCGCCCUCACCGGCGGCAGAGGCGAACGGCGCUGUUCCCUCCGCUAAGGGGGUGAGUAAAUUGACUCCUUUGCUGCUGUGCGCCCCCUGCAAGCCCAGCCACCGGAAGAGUCAGAGCUCCACCCAGUGGUACGUGCAACAGCCUACGUGGCGUUUAUGGGGCGAGGAACGAGGCGACGGCGUUAUAUACACGGUGUACCUGAAGAAAGUCCGGUAUCAUCGGCCCACAAGGAGUCUCUCGGCAUCGGAUUCUGACGACGAGAUCUCGCACUUGGAAUGGGAGACGGUGAGGGUGCGCUUCCUAAAGGCCGGCACGGUGCAGAGGCUGGUCGAAAGCUUGGCAAACGACGACGGCGAGCUCGAGUCCACGUACAUAAACGUCUUCCUGGCGACUUAUCGGGCCUUCACGACGCCACACGAGGUCCUCGAGCUGCUGCUCGCCCGUUACGACGCUCUCGACGAGAGCGCCGGUUGCGAACAGCAUCGCAAAACGUUGGUGCAGGCGCUGCACGUGUGGCUGGACGCGUAUCCGGGUGACUGGAAGUCACCUCCCAAUCAUCCUCUUCUCAACAGGCUGCUCGAGUUCACGCAUAAACGUCUUCCUGGCUCCGAGCUCGAGCUUAAGGCCAGGCAUCGGCUACACCGUUUCCAGCGCGAGGAUCAAAUAGAUUCCUGCAUGGUCUACGACAAUGGCCGACUACCCCGUGGCUCCCCGGACCCGAUGUCGGAUCACUGGGGAAACUAUAUUUUCCCCGAGGUGCCGCAUCGUCAUUUUGCCGAGCAGCUGACCCGCAUGGACGCCGAGGUGUUUAAGAAACUCGUCGCCCAUCAAUGCCUCGGCGCCGUCUGGUCUCGUAAGGAUCGUUCCAGGAGUCAUGAGGCCGCCACAGUGGUGGCAACCGUCAAUCAGUUCAACGCCGUGUCUCUGCGAGUGAUCUCGACUAUUCUGAUCGACACGACGCUCAAGCCGCAGGAACGCGCGAGAAUACUCGAGACGUGGAUCGAUAUUGCGCAGGAGCUGCGUAUACUCAAGAAUUUCAGCAGCUUGAAGGCAAUCGUUUCCGGUUUGCAGAGCAAUCCGGUGUAUCGGCUGGAGAAGUGCUGGCAGUACAUGCCGCGUGAGAAACACGAGCUCUUUCGCGAGCUGGAGAGGAUAUUCUCGGAGGAGAACAACGCCUGGACGCAGAGGGAGCUGCUCAUUAAGGAGGGCACCGCCAAGUUUGCCGAUACCGCCGGCAGGAGUGAUCGACACCUGCAAAAGCUCUUUCAAAAACAGAAUACUCACGCGGGAAAUAUUAGUUACGGUACGAUACCGUAUCUAGGCACUUUCCUGACUGACUUAACAAUGAUCGACACGGCAAUACCGGACACGAUAGCCGAUGGUCUCAUCAACUUCGACAAGAGACGGAAGGAAUUCGAAGUGCUCGCCAGGAUACGGCUCUUGCAGGGCGCGGCAAACGCGUACAAUUUUAGCGCGGACUCCGUGUUUGACCGCUGGUUCCACUCAGUGCUCGUACUGGACGAUCGGGAAGCUUACAAGCUCAGCUGCCAGAUCGAGCCACCGCCAGCGAGCAACACUCUCAACAACCGCGGCAAGAAGAAGCAGGGUCAUCAAGGUCACCGUAAGAACGACUCGAUCGCUUCUACAUCCAGUUCCAGCAGUUCCCAGUUUUACUGCGACCUCGAUUCUCUCCCGAGUUCGCCGCACAAUUCCUUGGAUCGGCGCACCUCACCCUCGCAGUUGUCCAGCUCGUCCUCGAGCUCUUCCCUGCCAUCCCUGGACGUGUCGCUGAGUUCCGGCGGAGGUGGCAGUCAUCAGACUCGUCUGGCACCCCCGACUGGCGCCGUAGCAGCGAACGGCAGCACUCCGAACCUCGCGGGACUGUCCAGUCCCAGUCAUUCGCACAAAAGCUCGCCGGACUUCUACAUCAUCAAAGUUACCAUGGAAACGGACAAUGUGGAAACGCAGGGCGUAGUGCUGUACAAGUCGAUUAUGCUGUCGAACAACGAGCGCACGCCGCAAGUGAUUCGGAACGCGAUGCUGAAGCUCGGCCUCGAGGGCAGUCCCGAUCAGUACACCCUGGCGCAGGUGCUGCCCGAUCGGGAAAUGGUGCUGCCCACUUCGGCCAACGUUUACUACGCUGUAAAUACCGCGCACAAUCUGAACUUCAUACUGAGAUCGAGAAGGGAGUCCAGUGACGCGGCGUCGGACAGUCCCAGGAGCAAAGGCAGCGGUCACAAACGGUAGCUGCCUUCUGAGUAGCUGCCAAAAAACGACGCGACCGAGAAAGAGAUCCACGACGAUCUUUCUCUGCUCUCUCUCUUUCUCUGUCUCGGUAACGCGGGAAGGACAAUUUUGAACAAUAAUGCGGAUUCUGAACGCGAAAUCAUCGAGUGACAAUGAGUUUUUUUUUAGCGAGGAGAAUCGCUGAAUGUGACAGUGAGAACAAAAAAGUGAAAUGCAACAUCGAUUGGAGUAAUUGCGAUGGAAAAUUGUAAAUGCGAUAUAUUAAAACUUCAGAGAGAACUGAAUAUUAAGCUGUAAUAUUAUAUAAUGAACUAGAAUAUAUAUAUUAACAUAUCUACUGAUUUUAUAUAUAUAUAUAUAAUAUAUCGCAAUAUUAUAUAACAUUUAUACAAAUUAUCAUAUUAAAAUAUUACAGCUCAUUAUUCAGUUCGCCGUAUCGUAUCUCUCUCAUUGCAAAAUCUAAAACACUGAUAAUUAUUUAUUUACAUAAUCAUUAUAUAAAACUGCGAUGAUCAUCAGCUAUCGCGUCGCAAUCAGGCGUCGCAAUUGUUCCGAUUGAUUAAUUAAAUCGAGAGAGUAGCGAAUCUCGCUCCCGCGCACGUUAUUGUUUUUUUUUUUUUUAUUAAAACUACCAUGACAGUUUUCGCGGUUUUUUUCGCGCCGAAUGAAAAAUACGAUCGCCGAAAUGAUAUGAUUAAAAGCCAAGCGCGAUUUGUACGUACAAUUGAAAGCGCAGCACGCACGUAUGUACGCACGCACGAUUUCGUACCCGUAUUCAGAUAAAAAAAACUCCAACCGUAGUUAUGCAAUCGAGCCUAUUCUAGCAGCAUUAUUUUCUAGGAACACGUUAAGCGAAUGAGUCACACACGAGGUUCUUAUCGCUGUGAUAUAUUGUGAAACGCGACAAACAAACGCGAAUCCCGUAAUAAUUCUGCAAACCGGAACGUUCGAAUAUCCGUAACCGAAUAUCUGUUAUUUAUUUAUUUAACACAUCGUGAAUUAUCAAUCGUUAAAUGUGAUAAAGUUUUUGUGUAUACGAUUAUUUAUUUUGAUAACAUUGUAAUUCAGUGAUUAUUUGACAACAAAAAAAUUUAAUGAUUGCCAGACUUGCGCAACAAGGAAAUGAUGUACAAAUAUCGCAAAUGUGUUUUUUUUUAACCAAUUGUUUCGCGUGCGAUUAUAAAAACGUAGGCAUAUUUUUGCGGCGGAACUUCGCGUGUGCGUGUGUGUAUAUAUAUAGUAUAUAUAUAUAACAUGUGUGUGUUUCGUAAAAAAAAAACACAAACAUUGAAACGAGAUUAUAGAAAGAUUAAACGACACACAAGAGCGCGGGGCAACUUGUUACAUUUGUGAGAGACAAGUUAGUUGUGAUGUUUUGUAAAUAAAUUAUUAUAAUAUUGCGUGUAGUGACGCGCAUGACGGACUCGACCAAAAAAACGGGCUCUGCGUUGAAGCUCGACGAAAUGAUUGUCAAUUAUUCUCUAUCGCUAUUUUCUCUAGCGUCUUACUCUGAAGAGCGAGAUUCUAACGAAAUUAAACUAAGAGAACUGCCUCGUCGAUAUUCGUCCUUUUGUCCUCGUCGCGAAUUCGUUUGCGCAAAAGGCAAGGAAAUUUCUGUGAUAAAAGAAUCUCCACUUUCCGGAUUUUUGCGAUAAAAACAGAACAAAAAAAGAGAUAAAAGAUAAAAAAAAAAAAGAUAAAAGAAAAAGAAGAAUCAAAUCGACUGCGCGUGGCGGCCGAGCAAGCUCACAUUUUUUCUAAUAUACACAAUUGAAAAGAAAUAAGUUCGAGGAAGUUCGCGAGACAUUUCAUUCUUUAUCGAUCGACAACGAGAAAUAGAGAUAGAAAAUCCAACCGCACAAAUAAACGCAUUUAUUUAUUUAUUUAUUUAUUUUUUUAAUGUUCUAAAGAAGUUUCAUAAUAUUUGGAGAUAAAGAAGUUUUCAAAUAUCUGUGGAAACUUAAAAUAAAAAAAUAAACUAAAUGGAGAAGCGAGAAUGAUUUUGGGAACCGAAAAAUCUUUAAAAAAACUCCUGGAAUGUAAAUAUUUUACAAAUUGGAAUCAUAAAUUAUUUUAUAA